AUGUCGCGGUCGACGAUGCAGUGCUUGCUGUGCGCCGGCGCGGAUCCAGAUCCGGUCGCCGAAGAAGCAGCCGGUCACUCCCCCCUCACCCGAGGUUCCAAUGGGAGCCCCACUGCCACCUGCACAGUACAGCAGCCCCGGGGAAGAUGGUCGCCGCAGAAGCAGCAUGUCGCACUCCCCCCACCUGAGGCCGGAGCGGGAGUCACCCUCCACCCACCCGAGGUUGGGACCCUUGCACAGCACGGUGGCGCUGGGGAGGAUGGUACUGAUGACGGAUCAAUUGCCGAGUUAGGUAUCAAACUAUUUCCUUGUCUCCCACGUGACCAAGCAGCAUCCGCUCUGUGGGUUGGUUUUGUCAAUGAUGCCAAGACCUGCAUCAAGCAAUAUAACAUCAAGCAUAAGGUCAACUUUGUGUACAAGCAUGAACCAAGUAAUGGGUUCUACAGGGUUGAAGAGCAAGAUGGCCAUGCUUACUACCACACGAACUUCUAUGCUCAGGAUGAGUAUGGACACUCACAGCUCUUCUUUGGGGAGAUCAAAGAAUGUGUUAGGGCUCAGGUGGAGGAUGUCACCUGCUGUUGUCCCGUCUCGUCUUCUGAUACUGGUGGUGUAGGUUUCCGAACCGUGGAAGAGGCUCUGAAGUACGAUUUCCCAGACUUGAGCAAGGUUGGCUAUGAUGCAGAGAAUUGUUACGCGUGCACUGCAAGAGUGAAGCACCCAAAGGGGACCUUGUAUGUUGGAGGACAUUUUGCCGAUGUUAGACAGUAUUAUGGUUUCAGUGACUGA